UCCUGUGUCUGCUGGGUAUAGGGAAGAGGGGCAGACAUUGCAAAAAAAAAGAAAAAAACAAGAAAAACAAGUAGGAGGCGGAGGAGAGAGAUGGAGACAAGAGGGCGGGAGGCAGGAAAACAGAGCACUGCUGUCUAAACCAGGCCAAAAAUCUUCAGCCUUCUCCUUCUUGCCUCUCCUCAGAUCCAGGACAAUGUUCCAGGCUGAUUCCUCCGCAGCCUCAUGGUUGCCGCAGGGACAGACCGACAGUCAAAGACCCUUCAAGAGCAAAGUCGACCAGACCUGCAAGACUUCUGUGGACAGGAGAGGCGCCUGAGGCUGCAGACAGAGAUGGACCCUUCCGGGACGCUCUGGCAGUUUCUCCUGCAGUUGUUGGAGGAGCAGAGUCACCGGCACCUCAUCUCCUGGACGUCCAACGACGGGGAGUUCAAGCUUCUGGACGCUGAGGAGGUGGCGCGGCUGUGGGGCCUGCGUAAAAACAAGACCAACAUGAACUACGACAAGCUCAGCCGAGCUCUGAGAUAUUACUACGACAAGAACAUUAUUAAGAAAGUCAGCGGCCAAAAGUUUGUGUACAAAUUCGUGUGUUACCCGGAUCCCGGCAGCGGAGAACCUUCCAAGGAAGACACCAAAUGUAGGGAGUCUGUGAAUGAACUCCCCCAGACCCCGAAACCUGGAGACAACUCUCCCUUUGUCCCCAAGAUGGUGAGGAGCAGCUCCAAGACUAGCCGCAAUGAGUACAUGCGCUCUGGCCUCUACUCCACCUUCACCAUCCAGUCGUUGCAAGCUCCGCCCAGUGCGCAGCAGACCAAGGCUAACAAACCGGACAUCUUGCCUCCAGCAGAAGCUCCUCCCCUACCAGAGGCCAAAGGUCAAAGCAUCAGCAUCCCUUCGUAUGAGGCCGCGGAGCAGGACGAUGGAGAUCUCUCCUUGGAAGUCAACAUCCAUAGCUCCAAGGAACUGCAGCUCCAUGUCACAGUUGAUCCACCAACUCCUGUCAUCAAGGUGGAGGACCCUCUAGAAGAGACCUCAACAGAUGUCGAGGACUUCUCGGAAUCCCAGGUCUUUCUUACGUCUUUACCAGAUUUGAAGACCCCGACUUCUGACCAGCCGCUUGCCCAGGAGAUUUUGGUAGUCAUCAACUCACCAGAGACGGAGGAAGAAGUGAAGGAGAGGACGGAUUUUCAAGAGGAGGUGAAGAAGGAGGACACAACUCCACCGGUGUCAUCUCCUGAAGGAGGACAGCCCAUGAAAGGGAAAAAGCCAAAGGACUUGGAAAUACCGUUCUCUUCUGUGAUAGCACCAGAGAAGAUGAACGCUGCUGUGAAUUCCUUGCUGGCUCCUGGGAGUGCAUCUUCUGUCAUAACUUCUCAUUCACUGACGCCUCUACUGCUCACGCCAAGCUCUCUCCCUCCUUCUAUCCACUUCUGGAGCACGCUCAGCCCCAUAGCUCCUCGAAGUCCAGCAAAGUUGUCCUUCCAGUUCCCAACAAAUGGAAGCAACCAGAUCCACAUCCCAACCCUCAGUGUUGAUGGACUAUCCACCCCUGUUGUCCUUUCACCAGGACCUCAGAAGCCAUAAGGAACCCACAGAGCUGUGACCUCCAAGUUCACCAUAAGGACAUAAUACCUUGUCUGUUCACCGAACCAUCUUUGGGCGGCUCUUACCUGUUGACCGAGAUGUAUAGUUCUUGUGUUGUGAUAUCUACAUGGACGCAGCCUGCUUUUUGCCUAUGGCAGUUCCUUCGCCUGUAAACAAGAAGACCCACCAUGGGAAUCCAGAUGAUAACUAGCCCAGUGCGUGGCCCGCCACACAGAAGAUGUCCCUGCAUCCAUGGUGGUUGAUUGCCAAGUAAUGUGCGGUUUUCUAGAGGAACAAUAGUUGCCGCAUUCUCUUUAUGAAGACAAGCCUCCUUAUAUUCCUCAAGAGGGUGCCACCACCAAGUCCAAUGUCAUCAUCCAUGGUUGAGAGCCACCUCUGAUAAGAAUGGCCACUUGGUUCUCAAGGGGAAAUAAUGUUAUCAUGUUAACCAACUCCUUAUUGUAUCAACACAUGGCACUAGAUGUGGCCUUGUCAACUUGGUGUGAUUGACAUAAAUAUGUUCUCCAUCAACUUGGAGCCUCCAACUUGGCUACAUUUUCAGAUGUAUGAUCAUCACAUCAUACAAGUGAAGAACUUUAAAAAAAAUUAGUCUAUAAAGUUAUUUUCAUACUUGGAGAUGGAGGUCAUUAUGAUGUAGACCAAACAUCUGAAAGAAGUAAGAUGGAAAUGGUGAACAUCUCCAGGACAUCCAGCUGGCCAGGAUGAUGGACAGUUCUUGAGGAUACAAAGAGGUCAUGCUGGAUUAAAGGUGGCUGCCACUUGAGGAACAGAAGACUUCUAGCCCUUUGAGGAAAUAUGGUUUCCAGGUAGAUAAGAGAAUGUCCUUGGAAUUAUAAGAAUAUGGGUCCACUUUCUCCAGGAUGUCUGGAACCUUUUUGAUAGCACUUAGCACAGGCGGUCUGUUGGCGCUUUCUUGUGCGUUAUUGCUAAAAUCGCACAGACGUCGCAGAUCUCUAUAUUUCGGGAGUGUGAAAAUCUUUCUUAUAUUGUUACCGAGAUUCUGGAACACAGUCUCUCACACCUUUACCGAGUUGUCUCCUCACCUCCUUCUUGAGAAGCAGAAAGUUCAGCCACUGAUGAAGAUAAGACUAUAUUUAGACUUUAUGUUGCUACCCUUUUUUCGGGUUACAUUUCUCGUUUCCUCUUUAAUGUUUUGUUUUUCCGGAUCCUGCUUUUAUAGUGUCCCUCCACCUUCUUUCAGGUUACGUGGAUAACUGAUGCAUGUUCUGAAUAAGAGUAGACUAGAACAGUGGUGGGCAACCAUCCAAUCAGAAAACCAAAAGGGGUCAAGUAUCUGAUUUUUAAUUUAUUUCUGAUUUAAGGAUGGGGGGCUCUGAUUGUCAGAGGUGAAAUACUUAUUGCACCUCAUUUUUUGCCCCCCUCCUUUUCGAUGGCUGAUUGGGGUAGGUCAUCUUUGUUCUAGAAUGUGGCUUUUAGAUAUUCUUUAUUUCUUAAGGCAAAUGAAAUUGAUUUCAUUAUUUCUUGUUGAGUAGAAAGCAGCUACACCACUUCCCACUUAUCAUGGAGGCCAUAAUUACUUCUCCAAUUUCACAUAACCACCAUCCUAAAAUAUUAUCUGACCCUUAUGUUGUUUCAUGGAGACAUCACCUUUUCUCAUCUUAUCGUCCACCCCAUAUCUGAUGAAGUGCUCUAGAUUACGGUAUCUCAUUCUUUACUAACCUCUGUCUGUCUCUGCAGAUUCUAUAAAUAUCACCAAUCUCUUCAGUUCUUCUACCCAUAAUAUAUCCAUCUAAAUGCUACCAAUCUCUCACCCUUAUGCCAUACCUUUAGAUUCUCUCAUCAAUAUCUAAAUCCAGACAUCAGUUAUGUCUGUAUAAUCUCAUCCAUUUCUAGAUUAUCUAGAUCAAUCACUCUAGAUCACUUUCUUUAACAUACCUAUCCCUGGAUCCAUCAUCCAUAUCUCUAGAUUAUCUGUAUCAUCAUCCACACCUCUAGUCAUCUAUAGAUUCUCUUUUUCACAAUUCAUAUCUGUAGAUCCAUCAUCCAUAUCUCUAGAUUGUCUAAAUCAUUAUCCAUAUUUAUAUAGUCUCAGUCAUCAUCCAUACCUCUAGAUUGCCUCAGUCAUCAUCCACAUGAAUCGACCAUAUCUCUAAAUUUAUCAUUCAUACAUUAGAUCAGUCAUCCAUAUCUCAUGAUUCAUCAUCCAUAUAUCUAGAUCUUUCAUCCAUUUCACUAGGUUAUCUAAAUUAUCAUCCAUAUUCUCAUAAUAUUAUUAUUAUUUAUCAUCCACAGCUCUAGUUUGUGCCAGUCAUCAGCCACCUCGCAUUUAUACCUCUAGAUUCUCUAAUUCAUCAUCCAUAUCUCUAGAUCAAUCACGUAUAUCCCUAGAUCCUCUAAUUUGUGAUCCAUAUCUGUAGAUUCAUCAUCUAUAUCUUUGUAUUCUCAUUCACUAGCUGGAUCUCUAGAUCCAUCUUUCAGAUCUCUGGAUUGUCUUCAGUUAUCAUCCAAAUGUCUAGGUCAAUCAUCUGUAUCUCUAGAUUCUCAAAUUCGUCAUCUAUAUUUCUAGAUCUGUCAUCUAUAUCUUUGUAUUAUCAUUCAUUAUCCAUAUCUCUAGAUCCAUCAUUCAUAUGUCUGUAUUGUCUCAGCCAUCAUCUAUAUCUCUCAAUCAAUCAUGUAUAUCUCUAGAUUCUCUAAUUCAUCAACCAUAUCUCUAGAUCCAUCACCCAUACCUCUAGAUCCAUCAUACAUAUCUCUGAAUCAAUGUUCCAUAUCUCAAGAGUCAUCCUCCAUACUUUCAGAUCAUUCUUAUAUAUCUCAAGAGUCAGCAUCCAUAUCUCUAGAUCUAUCAUUCAUAUCUGUAAAUCAAAUCAGUUUUCCAUGUCUCAAGAUUCAUUAUCCAUACCUUUAGAUCAAUCUUCUAUAUCUCAAGAUUCAUAUCCAUAUCUCUAGAUCUAUCACCCAUUUCUCUAGAUUAUCUAAAUCAUCACCCAUAUCUCUAAUUUCUUUGAUCAUCAUCCAAAUGUUUAGGUCCAUCAUCUAUACCCCUAGAUUCUCUAAUUUGUCAUCCAUAUCUUUAGAUUCUUUAUCUAUAUGCUUGUAUUCUCAUUCAUCAUCUGUAUCUCUAGAACCAUCACGCAUAUCUCUGGAUUGGUCCAGGCAUCAUCUGGUCUUUCGAUCGAUUGUCCAUACCUCUAGAUUCUCCAAUUCACCAUCCAUGUCUCUAGAUCCGCCAUCGAUAUCUCUAAGUCAAUCUUCCAUAUCUCAAGAUUCAUCCUCCAGAUCUAUCACCCAUUUCUCUAGAUUAUCUAAAUCCUCACCCGUAUCUCUAUUCUUAUUCAUCUUCCACAUUUCUAGAUUACUUUGAUCAUCGUCCAAAUGUUUAGGUCCAUCAUCUAUACCCCUAGAUUCUCUAAUUCGUCAUCCAUAUCUCUAGAUCCCCCAUCCAUAUCUCUAGAUCCGCCAUCCAUAUCUCUUCGUCAAUCUUCCAUAUCUCAUGAUUCAUCCUCCAUAUCUCUAGAUCUUUCAUCCCUAUCUCUAGAUUAUCUAAAUCAUCACCCUCAUCGCUAUAUUCUUAAUCCUAAUCCACGUUUUCCAGAUUACCUCGGUCAUCGUCCAAAUGUCUAGAUCCAUAAUAUAUAUCCCUAGAUUCUCGAAUUCACCAUCCGUGUCUCUAGAUCCAUCUUCCACCUCUCUAGAUUGUCUCGCUCAUUGCUUAGCUCUUUCUAGAUUGCUGCUUUCUAUACUUUCACUGUAUAUAAUCUAUCUGACGUUGUUUUUGUGCCCCCCCCCCCCCCCCCCCCACCUCCUCUUUCUUGAUAACCAAUCAUGGAACAGUUUGUAUCUCACAUUCCCUUCUCGGUGGGUCAAGUUCCACCUAUUCCAAAGAACUCCUCAGGAAUGUUCCACAGAUGCCAGACAGAGGGGGAGCCCAGUGACGCCCCCUAAACAUAAACAUUUCAGGGCGACAUAUUUUUUAUUUACUGGGGUGUGUGGUCUCUGCGGCUCUCCCUCGCCUUUCCUAAGGCCUUUCUCUAUUAACCGCAGGGGCGUCUUGUCCUUGAAAGGGCUUCUGGGAAAAAAUUACCAUUUUCCUACACAGCCUGACCAUAUGUGCAGAGUUCACACCGGGUGGCGGGCUGUGUCCUCCAGGGGUUUCACCGGCUUAGUAUCUAAUGUAAAACUUUGCCUUUGCUGCUGAAAUUUCCAAGCACAAGACUGUCUGUGUGCUUUAUUUUUUUUAAUUUUUUUUGCAAAACUUUUUUAAUGUCUGCGAAGAGGUCGUGUAUAUACUCCUUAUAGAAAUGCGCAAAAGACCUGGUGCGAAAGGGGCUAUUUCUUUUUCGUAAUGGAAAUCCUUUUUGUUUUCAACCACUUUCUCCUUUAAAAUUGAUUGGUCAGUAUUCUUCCUCUACUUAAAGGGAUGCAGGAUUAGUAAAGGGGGUCUGUUUUUUUUUUUUCUUCUAUCUUUUCCUGAAACAGCGCCACGCAUGACCGUAGGCUGUGUCUAGUAUUGCAACUUGACCUCAUGCACUUGAGCUGCAAUACCUUACACAGCCCAUGAAGAAGAGUGGCGCUGUUUUUCUUUUUUGUUGCAAAUGUGCCCCUCCCGAUUUUUUUUCUUAAAUACUGUAAAUUAUGCAUGAAAAAUUGCAUACACCUUAAUGUAAUAGGAUAUUUUCUUUCUUGGUCCGCUAGCAGCUGAAAGGUUAAUUUUCAUGGUUAUGUUUUGUGUGGAGAAUAAGAGUGUCCUUCGAAGGCGAAGGCUUUGUGGUGACAGGGAUUCGGUCAAAUUAUGACCUCGUGGCCAUUGCAAAAAGGAAAAAAUCUGACAUGGCCCUUAAAGGGUUAAAUUAGGGAGUGAAUAAUGCUCCCACAUUCAGAGUUUCAAGGGGAGGCGGCGUAUUUAGAGGGAUAUAUAAUAUAUCUGGCAUCCAGCUGAAAAGGACUUUUGGGUGGAGCAUAUUUUAGUCAGAUAUAUGAUAUAUCUAGCACCCAACUGAAAAGGACAUUUGGGUGGAGCAUAUUUGGCGAGAUAUAUGAUGUAUCUAGCACCCAACUGAAAAGGACAAUUGGGUGGAGCAUAUUUGGCGAGAUAUAUAAUAUAUCUAGCACCCAACUGAAAAGGACAUUUGGGUGGAGCAUAUUUUAGUGAGAUAUAUGAUGUAUCUAGCACCCAACUGAAAAGGACAAUUGGGUGGAGCAUAUUUGGCGAGAUAUAUAAUAUAUCUAGCACCCAACUGAAAAGGACAUUUGGGUGGAGCAUAUUUUAGUGAGAUAUAUGAUGUAUCUAGCACCCAACUGAAAAGGACAAAUGGGUGGAGCAUAUUUGGCGAGAUAUAUAAUAUAUCUAGCACCCAACUGAAAAGGACAUUUGGGUGGAGCAUAUUUUAGUGAGAUAUAUGAUAUAUCUAGCACCCAACUGAAAAGGACAUUUGGGUGGAGCAUAUUUUAGCGAGAUAUAUGAUAUAUCUAGCACCCAACUGAAAAGGAUAUUUGGGUGGAGCAUAUUUGGCGAGAAAUAUUAUAUAUCUAGCACCCAACUGAAAAGGACAUUUGGGUGGAGCAUAUUUGGCGAGAUAUAUAAUAUAUCUAGCACCCAACUGAAAAGGACAUUUGGGUGGAGCAUAUUUGGCGAGAUAUAUAAUAUAUCUAGCACCCAACUGAAAAGGACAUUUGGGUGGAGCAUAUUUUAGUGAGAUAUAUGAUAUAUCUAACACCCAACUGAAAAGGACAUUUGGGUGGAGCAUAUUUGGCGAGAUAUGUCUGGCAUCCGGCUGAAAAGGACUUUUGGGAGGAACACUGCCCAUUAGCUUCUAACAACCAAUCAGCAUUGCUGACAGUUCUCCCAGCAGUGUUGAUUGGCUUAGAGAAGCAAAUGUUCACUGUACUCCUACCAAAUGUCCAUUUCAGCUGGAUACCAGGCACCUCUGGUCCUGGGAGCCGUAUAGUGAUUGUAGCACUUAGCACCCACUAGUUUAACCCUUUACGGUUGUCAGUGGUGUAUGCACAAGUAAGGUGAUAAAACGGGUCAUCCAUAAAAAUGCCAUGUUGAAAUAUACCCAGCGAAUUGCCCCCUCCCUCCAUUUUUUGUGCCCGAUAUGUACAAUCUGCCUGGUGCUGUGUGACGUAUGACAAAUGCCCUGUAUGGGUCCUGGUGGCUCAGGGGGGCCCAAGAGCUCCAUUGCCACUUAAUAGGUCACCACUUCUAUAAAUGGCAUGUGUUAAUUUGGGGCCCUUGGUACAAAUUUUGCAUCGGGGGCCCAAGUCCUGUCAUUGCUGCUAGCUCUAUGCAGACAUCAUAUAUAUUAUAAAGCACCGUCACGUUAUAUAUUAUAUUUAUGAUACAGUCUAAUUACCAUGGAUUCUCUUAAAGGCACGCUAAUCUCAGAGGUAUUUAUGUGCUACACAGAGGUGUACUUUAUCUUUAAAAGAAUGGCGGGGCGUCGUCAGGCGUAAAACGGGGAGAAGGAAAGGAGUAAAGGGAGUUUAAAGAAUGGUGAAUUCUGCAGGCAGACUUCAUAGGCUAUUUUUAUACGGUCAUUCCUUACUAUAUUACGCAAUUUAUUAUGGGGGUAUAGCCCUUUUAAAAUUGCCCUCACCCCAUGACGAGGGUAGGGGGCGCUACUAUUAAAACUUACCAAAAUGUGUGAGUGUGUAUGUCUGGAUAAAAUGUCACUUUUUGCAUGAACUCUACGACCAGCGAGGUCUUGUCCAAAAAUUUCAAUGCCUGUGCUAAACAGGAACCUUAUGAAUGGCGCCUUUGGGGCGGCGACAGUUUUGCACUGUUGUCUGGGUUGGCGUCAUACUUUCUGCUUCAUCGCUAGGGCGAUUUAUGCCAGUGGAGGGCUGCACUAGUAGUUGGUUGGUUGGGCAUGUGCCCAGGUAAGAUGGCGGAUGUUUUGCACCUAUCGACGGGUCCCUGUGGCAACCAUGGGGUCUGUAGAGUGAGAGGGCCGGGUAAGCUUGGUCCUAUCUCUCCUUGGCAUGGAUGGUGUAAACCUGUCUCUUUAUGGGCUCUAUGUUGGCAAACAAGGCAAGGGUGGGCAGACGGCCCAUCACACCCUACAACGGGUAAUAGGACCAGAACAGUAUUUGGAGGGUGUAGUGGCAUGAACCAGUCGGGGACCCUGUAGGGAGCUCAUUUAUGAAAUAAAAGAUUGAGGGAUUGCCAGUACAACCAAUCAAGUUACUGCAUUACUUUUCUUGUCAUCUGAUUGGUUAUCACAGACGACCCCUCUAUUUUUCAUACAGGACUUUGCACGCGUGUCCACACAUUUAAGGGUGUCCGCCUUAUAGUGCACAUAAUGUACCACAAUAGGUCAAAAUGUACAUAGCUAUGUUGGGUUUGUGUUUGUUUGUUUUUUUGUAUGAUUUUGCCUCUUCAACCAAAGCAGCAUAUUGCAGCCUCAUAUCUGUAUAGUUCAGUGUUCUGAUUGGCUCGCAAUGCUGGCCAGUUGGUUAAAAGCCAUAUUAACAUCCAGCGUCCAUGAUUUUAUGGGAUUUGUGUUUCUUAGUUCAAAGGAAAAAAAUCUGAUUACUAAAGCAGGCUGACGCUGCCUGACUCCUCCUGUCCUCCUCAGCUGACAGUCUGGUUACAAACUUGC